AGGGUUUCUCUUCUAUUAUGAAUCCUAAGUCCUCCGUUCCAUCUGCAGCAAAUCCAUCACCAAGCAUGCACAGUUCCAACGGGAACAAGAGAGUGCUCGCAGUGGAGGGAGUGGUGAAUGUAGGGUACGGAGUGAUUGAGCAGUGGGCAUUGUUGUUGAGGAAUGCGUGGCCUAAGGUUUCUAUGGUUCUUAAGAUUUUCAAAGAGCAAGGUGUGAUUUUGACUGCACUUUUAGGUCUAUCUGCAUUCUUGUCAAUGGCGGAGACUUCUAUAACUACACUCUGGCCAUGGAAGGAUCCUAACCGCAAGGUCCAUAAACCUGUGAAAGGUGUUUUAAGACUGGAAAUUGAGAAGCACCAGACAUUUAAUGCGGAGCUGGAAAAUAUUUCAGAAAGUGCCAGCAUGACCAGUGAAUCCAUGGACCUAGGGGAUCAAGUUACUGAUGCAAUGUUCAUUAAGAGCCCCAACAAUGGUUCUGAUGGGCCUCAGAGUAGCAAUUCCAAGUGGAUUCCUAAUGAUGGGAAAAAUGCAUCUGGAAAUGGAAACACUCAUGGAAAUCCAGAUCUCAAUGUUGGUGAUUUCCAGGCAUUUGACUUUCGGACAACUUUGAGAAACGAACCAUUCUUGCAGCUUUUCCAUUCUCUAUAUGUAUAUCCUUUAACUGUGAGCUUGAGUUGGAAAAGGAAUCUAUUCGUAAGAGUUGAGCUAAGAAAGAAUGAUGCAGAUGUUCAUAGACAAGCUAAAAUUGCAAUGUAUCCAAGGGAACCUGGUUUAUCACUUCAGAAGUGGGCUCACACGCAAGUUGCUGUUGGUGUGGCCUGCUACCAUGAUGAAAUUAAAGUUUCUUUCCCUGCUGUUUGGACACCAUUGCAUCACCUUCUAUUCACUUUCUUCCAUGUUGAUCUUCAAAUGAAUCUAGAAGCUCCAAAACCAGUUGCUAUUUUGCUUCUUACUGAGAUCACUCCAAAAAGUAUAGCUGUUCACAAUCCUAUAGAGGUGGCUAGAUUUGUGGCCAGUGGCAUGGCUUUGCUUGAUACUACAUCUAGUGGGAAGAAUUGUUACUUAUUUAUCAAUGGGAAUAAGGAAAUCAUAUCCUCCAUUUCUGAACCUUAUGUUACUGAAGAUGAAUUAAAGCUGAUGCUACGUGGAGCAGAAUUGAGUGGAGAAAUAGAGGAGGGAGAGCAGUUCAGAUGCUCUAAUUUUAUGAAUUCCUUGCAAGAUAUGAUUGAAACUGUAUUAGAGAUAAAGGAUACUCAUGUUAGAGAGGUCAUGACACCCCUUGUUGAUGUGGUUGCAAUUGAUGCAAGUGCAACUCUUGUUGAUUUUCACCAUCUGUGGGUGACUCACCAAUAUUCAAGGGUACCUGUUUUGGAGCAGUAUGUUGACAAUAUAAUUGGCAUUGCAUAUGCAACGGAUGCACUUGAUUUUGUUUGGAAGGGUGAGCAACUUGAAAGUUUUACUGUGGGAGACAUGGCUCACAAACCUGCCUACUUUGUGCCUGGUACCCAUUGACUUUUUUCUUUAGUUGAUAUCUUAAUGAUGUUCUUUGGGUUGAUUUUUUUUUUUUUCUUUUUAAGUUGCUGUUACCCCAUUUUCUCACCAUAUUAUCCACAUUUAACGUGAAGAUGUCAUUUCUUUUCUGAUUUUUGUAAUCAAUUGAAGUGCAGAAGACCCUGUUUCAUUAGACUUAUUUGUUGUUUUAGUAGUUAUUGUCCAGGGGAAAAGAAAAUGGAAAAAAUAGAAUGCUUCAACUAUCUAUACAGUACAAUUUAGAAAGUUGGUUUUGCAGAUUCAAUGUCAGUCUGGAAUCUUCUUAGAGAGUUCCAGAUCAAGAAGGUUCACUUGGCUGUUGUUCUUAAUAAAUAUGGUGGAACUAU